CUUUUCCACUUUCUCGAUGUUUUGUUUUAGGUGAAGUAAUGGCAACUCGACCAUUAGGUAUGGAAGAUAGAAGCAUUGCUGACUCCCAGCUCAGUGCGUCAUCAUGUUGGAAUACGAUACAGUGUGCGAGCACGGCAAGGUUAUUCAAUGAAUAUCAAGCAUGGUCACCAAAGAAAAAUGACAAGAAACCAUGGAUACAGGUUGACUUACGCCAGUCGUUUCGUCUAGAAGCCGUUCUGACUCAAGGUCGUGAUAAUGCCGAGAAUUGGGUGACGUCAUUCUUGGUGCCAUACAGUUUAGAUGGAUACUCCUGGACGUAUAGUCUAGGAAACGAUGGUCAACCUCAGGUUUUUAACAGCAAUCAAGAUCGAAACAGUCUGGUAGUGAACCCGUUCAGACCGGCGUUCGUCGCCCGAUUCGUUCGUAUCGAGCCUCUAUCAUGGCAUCAUCACGUCUCAUUGAGGUUUGAGCUGUUUGGUGCAGGUCCUAUACCAGUUGUACCGAAUACCCUGGGCCUGGAGGAUUAUCGAAUACCGGAUUCCGAACUUUACGCAUCCAGUUGCUACCACGAUCGCAACUGCGCCAAAUACGCGCGUCUCAACUUUGCUGGCGACGAACAAGGGGAAAACUCAAGAUACUCAGUGACGUCAUCGGAGAAACUCCCAGGCGCAUGGAUACCACGAUUUGACGAUCACAAUCAAUGGGUAGGAGUGGAUCUGGUAGAUAAAUACCGGGUGGUUGGUGUCAUCACGCAAGGAAGGCAAGACGCGGACCAAUGGGUGACGUCAUUUGCUGUAUCGCAUAGCAUGGAUGGCAAGUUGUGGUCGUUCAUACAGGAUUGUGGUCAUGAAGAGAAGAUCUACCAAGGAAAUCACGACCGAGCAACGCCCAUUAUCAACGUCUUUGAGACGCCAUUGACGGCCCGAGCAGUCAGGGUUCAUCCUAAGAGAUGGACCAGACAUAUUGCUCUCAGACUAGAACUCCUCGGUAAUGGACCAGUCGCAGAAGUUGGGGUUGACGAGAACAAGUUGGGCCUGGAAAGUGGCCGAAUACCCGAUUCGAGUCUCGCCGCUUCCUCGUGCAUCAGCGAUGACGCGUACUGUUCCGAAUCGGCGAGACUCAACCACGAGGUCGGAGGAUGGGUGCCUCGCAUCAAUGAUCUCGCUCAAUGGAUCCAGGUUGACCUCAUGGCUGUGUAUCGUUUGACGGGAGUUAUUACUCAGGGACGGAGUGAUGCCGCUCACUGGGUGACCCGGUAUACUGUCUGGACCAGCCAAGAGAGUAGAGGGAAUUGGAUCCCAGUGACCGAAUCGACAUGCGGAGAAGCAAAAGAGAUUAAAAUAUUCACUGGUAACUGCGACCAGUUCUCCCACUUCACCAACCGAUUCAAUCCACCCAUCCUGGCCCGUUACGUCCUGCUCGCUCCUGUAGCAUGGCAUGAUCACAUUGGUCUCAGAUUCGAACUCCUCGGCGAAGGCCCGUUCAUGUUACCCGAUGUCGCUGUCCACUGACUUACCUUACGACUGGUCCACGAACUGAGUUUGGGACAAAUUGAAUUCUGUUUAUUGUAUAAAAAUGUGAAUGAAAAGUAUAUUUUUAUCAGAGGUUCAUAUGAAUA